GACAGUGUGGGGCUGGCUGGAUUGUCCUUCAACGCCGCUUGCCUUUACGGCUUCGGUUUUACCUAUCUUCUCCGUGUAUUUGGACAAACCAUAUCUACUAAGAGGGCCAUACGUUACAACGAGGCAUGGCGGCAAGGAUUUUGUCAGUAGUAAAGCUUGCAACAAAGGUGACUAUUGCUGGAGGAGCUGUAUAUGUCGUCUAUGACUCUGGGCUGCUCGGGAGCAGUGAGCAGGGAGCUGUAGCUCUUGAGAAAGCCAAGGCUGCAAUUCCGCCUGCAGUGGACGAGUGGAUGAAGUACUUCGGCGUGGAGGCUCAACUCCCCACUGUACCAAAGAUGGAGUUUGCCCCCCUUGAGGCAUGGAACUCUGGUGUCAGAUGGACAAUCUCAGCACUGUCAGAAGCUCCUACAAAAGCCUCAGAUUACACCUAUCAGGGUAUACAAUACAUAAAGGACCUCACAAAGUAAAUCAUCUCAGCACCUGACAUUUAUUUAUAUUUUGAUUAUUGCACUGCCUUAUGCUAAGUUUGUACCCUAACUACUUACAACAUUUCAAUUCAUCAUUAGAAUAUGCUGGCGAUUUUGGCAAUUUUAACCAUCAACAAUAAAGUAUUUUUUUCAUUAAAGAUCAUGCUGUAUGUACACAGGGCAGAUUCCUCUUCAUUAUCAUUUACCCAAGAUGUUGUUUAAGAUAAUAGCACUUUUAUUUGUCCCACAACAGGGAAAUUCCAAUGUUGUAUAUUUACAUCAAACUCAACAAUAAAUAAUACUCAAGCCUU